AUGCUGCCCGGAUGGAAUCCGGAUCUUGCUUUUGGUGAUGGUAACGGUUCUAGCGAGAUGCCUCCUCUGAAUUUUGACGAGUUUUUCGAAGGCCUUCUCCCGAGUUUUGAUUCGCUUCCGCCUGCAGAAGAAUGGGCAAGGCCCAAGGUGGUCGCAGAAGGGUCUCAUUGGAUUAACGUGAGUGUUCUAACCCGUUCGGCUCUCGAGGCAAGUCACCGGGAAGCGCAGGUCUAUCGUUUCAAAGAGAAGAAGGCAGAGGCUGAUCUUGCGGGCAUCCAGAGCGAAGCCUUGGCGCGAGACUCAAAACUUGCUAAGGACCAUGCACAUGCCAUCCGUCGCGCUGAAAAGAAAGGCAGAAGGGAAAUCGCCGCUGUCAUGAACAGCUAUGCUUCCCAAUCCAAUGUUGCGCUUGGCAAUCUUACGGAGGCUCAGUCUUUGGCGGGUGAUUUUUGCGAGUGCCGUGGCUCGUAUUGUACCUUUUGGAAGGCGCAGUCGGAUGAUUUUGAUUUUCUAAGUGAGUUGGGGAUUAUGAAGAGUGGCAUGUAUGACAAUGCUCAUGCCGAGGCAUUGGUUCCUCCGAUCGAGGAGAGACUCCGGGGAUUCUCGGAUCCCAUUCCGGUUUCUCCCGAUACGAAAGAAGCCGCGACCGAGGCAGGUGAUGGUGAGGAGGUGGAUCGCCCUGCGAGCGUUUUUAGAAGUUCCAUGCCUAGAAAUUUUGAGUAUGAUUACGAUUCUUGA